AAGCCGGUAGUUCCGAAACUAUUUCCCGCGAGAUGGACGUUUAGCAAAACUACAACGAAAAACUACAUUUUGUUUAAGCUAGCUGUGCCCUGUUACCCAAUACUACAUCACUUGGCUUCUAACUGUAUUUAGCAACGAUAGCUAUGUAUAAUUCAAUGUAACUAUUUAGCUGUAAAGUUAUCUGUGCAUCCUGAAGGCUCAUUAAUUAACACAAACACACGUUAGUACCAUGGACAGAGAGUGUGUGUCGUUGCUGCCUGGUGUGUGUGAGGUGCUGGCGGAUCCAGGGACGUCUCUGCCCGAUGACACCAGCCUGGAGAAACUGUUGGACUGGUUCACAGGGCUCAUCGAGGCUGGGGGAUCUCUGCUGGAGGCCUGCCCAUGUCUGCUUGAAUUCAUAUCCACUGUGGUCCACAACACAGCUUCAGACCCCGGUGUCCUCUCCUUCACUCUCAGACUCACCGGCUUAGUGUCUGCCACUGAGGACGGCUUCAAAAUGCUUCAGGAACGCUCUGUUCUGAACGAGGUCUUCAACCUUAAGCACUGGCAAGAAGCAGGACUGUGGGAGGAUCCCUGUUUAAGGAUCGGGUGGAUCCAGGGCUUAAGGAGCAUGCUGCAGCACCCAGAGGCUCUCAGUUUCUUUGUUCAAUCAGCUUUCCUUGACCCGCUCCUACAACUCCAGACAGACACAAGUCUAUUCGUUGCCUCAGCUGCCAAUCAGAUGCUCGCCCACGUCCUGCUCUUCUUUCAGCCAGUCUCGUCUCCAGGAUGUAACGGCGUCGAUAAGAAAGCAGAAGAUGACGGGAGGACGCAUACCAGCGCAGAGUACACUGCUGUUGUCACGUCAAUCUCACAGUACCUCAAGGAGUCGCUGGUUCCCAAAGAAAACACAAAGCACCAUCAGAGUCUGCAGAUCCUCAAACUGCUGGCCCUGCUCCUGGCCAAGGCCGGGCCUCCUCUGCGGGACAAGCUGCUGCAGACAGUCGGAGACUCUUUGGAGGAACUGGUGACUGCAGGCGGUAGUGAGCUCACGCUGCCGUUGAUGGACGUCGUUCUUGCUGCAUACAGCUCCGGCACUGAUGAACGCGUCACCCGUCUUUUAGCGUCGAUGUUGAACAUUAACAAACCCGCUGACCUCAUUCAUGCUGCAGCUGCUUUUCUUCGCAGAGGUCGUUGUGAUGCUGUUCACACAGCCCGGGCAGUGAGAGUACUGCUGCUACCCCUCGACGUUAUCACUGGUCAGAGUCUACUGGGCACAAACACCACCGCAGACGCACAUCAGGUUUCAGUGGUAGAGCAGCUGAAGAGUAAAACCCCCUGCAUCUCUAUGAUCUGCGUUUGUCUGACAAACACGCCACAGAUCGCACUCACGCCUUCCGGCGUCCUCCCCUGUCCUCCAGUUUUAAUUAUCACUGCAGUUCUGUCAUUGUUAAGCAUCUGCAGCGGCGUCUCUUCCUCCUCAUCCACGGGUUCCAGUGAGGUUUACAGGAACGUCAUUGGCAACGGCAAAGUUCAGAAAUGUGCCCUAGAGGCUCUGACGGCUCUCAGCAGCAGCCCAGGGGCGAUGGAGAAGAUCAGUGAAGUGUUCACAGUUCUGAUACAAUAUCUGGACAAUCCUGAUUCUGACCCCACUGUACUCCACAAGUCCUACCAGGCCUUGUUAAAAUGGACGAGUGUGUGCACAGACUUCUCCUUGGUAACAGACCACCUCAGACACGAUCUCAUCGAGGUAGUGAAGAAGCGUGUGUGUGACAUGCGUUGGGAGGUGAGAGACUCCACAGUGGAGUUUCUGGGACACCUGACAGGCGUGCGUGUCUCCCUGAAAUCAGUGGAGGUGUGUGACUCGUCUGACGUGCUGCUGGGCGUCUGCUCUACCACUCCACUCCUGAAGGAGGCGCUCCAGGACUCAGAGAGUUAUGUGAGAGCGAGCGCCAUCGCUGCCCUGGCAAAGACACUGACGCACAGCUGGCAGCAGGGGGCAGCACUCACUCAGGAGGAGACUGAAAUAGUGAGCCGGCUGCUUGAAAUCCUCUCCCAGGACACGGAGGGAUUCCCCAGGAGGGCUGUCGUACAAUACUUCAUCUCAUGGUACUCUUCUAACUCCUCGCACUUGCCUCUAUCAUCAUCCGGCUCCUCCGCCUCUCUCCUGAUGCAGUGCGUGCGCUCCGUGCUCUCACAGGGCAGCGCAGAUCUGGACUGGGAGGUCAAAGUUCACACGCUGGAGCUGGCUGAGCUGCUGCUGGAUGAAACCUUUUCAGCUCACCAGGGUUACAGGAAGGGCUCAGACGCACAUCGUGCCCCGUCGCACCCUUAUGGUGUAGUUUCUGAGCAGGCCCACACACUUCACACACACGCUGGUACACACACAGAGGGCACGGAGUCUGAUUUGGCCACCGUGGUCGAGCAGGGAGUCAUGUCAGCCCUGUUGAGUGGACUGGUUGACUGCGAUAGACCUGUGGCCCUAAAAGCCUGUCGACUGCUGAUAACACUCAGAGAGACGGUCUGCACCCUGUCGCUAGGGACACUGGAUGCAACUGCUUCCAUGGCAACAGUAUCCUGUAAACUACCGGGCUUGGGCUGGGGGAAGGAGAUCAUAAAGAUACUGAGGUUGAAGAGGAGUGAUCGGGCAAGAGAGGCGGACAUCGCUGCUCAGAGAAAUCUCAGUGAUGCAGACGAGGGAGGGGAAAGUGUGAGUGUGUGUGAGGCGUUGAGGCUUCUGGGUUUAGACGAGAGGCUGGACGUCCUGACUCAAAGCAGCGACCACAUCCACAACUCCCCGCUCUCUCUGCUGCAGGACAUACUGACUGCGAGUGCCGCUCACACACAACCGGGGGAAGAGGUCAUAGUGGACUGCUACUGACACACACACACACACACACACACACACACACACACACACACACACAUCAACACAAUCUUGCCUUAUGUUGGCUUGUCAUUAGUGAUGAACAACACAAUCUUAAAGGGUAAGUUCAGAUUGUUUGAAGUAGGGUUGAAUGAGGUACUUAUCCAUAGUUGGUGUAUUACAGUAGAUGGUGUUCGACACGAUUGCGGGCACAGAAGCAAAGCAAUGUACUGCAUUGGACGGGGGCAGCAGCGUGUUUUAUUCUUAAAAAAUCAAUAUUGGUGACUUUGGUUAGUCACACAAUAAUACAAACAUACUAACCAAUCGAGGCAGCGGUACCCAGCAGCCCCCGUGUUCUGCGAUGUUAAAUGUUCAAUCGAUCAAUGAGUCUGGUGGCUGUCUCACAGCAACGUAAAGGGCUGACAAUAUUCUAAAUAUAGCUACAGAUGACUGGAUAUAAGUGCCUUAUACAACCUUAUGUCAAAAACUCCAAACUAUCCCUUUAACUCAGAGUACAAUUGUCUUCAUGUUGUUGUCAUAUUUUGGUUACUUUAGUAAAAGAGGAAUUAUUUUACUGAUUUAUACAUGUACACAUGUGAUCUCAGGCGGAGCAAUUUCACCGUUUCAACAUUUUCACAUUGUUAUUUUGAUUGCACAAACGAUUGCAAUGAACAAUAUAUUGUGAAUAAGCCAACUGGAAACAGUGGCGAGAAUUAUGCAACAUUUAAUAUUACAAUUUUAAUAAACACCAAGCAGGCGACGUU